AAGGGUUGUGUACUAGCCAAAGUUGAAGGAUAUGAUUUUCUUACAAUAGCAUCUCACUCGAUGGUGUUGAUAAACUCUCUGGUUAUAAAGGAAGCAAUAAGAGGAAUUGAAGUGAUCCAAGGAGCUAUCCUGAGCUAUGCUCAGACAAUCCCUGAAGUGCAAUUUCAAUAUGUUAGUCGAGCGGCAAAUGCAACUAUUGCCAAUCGUGCUAUACUCCCAGUCAACUGGGUAGUUAGUAUAGCACUAGAGUUGACGGAGAUUUGUAGGAAAGAAGUAAGGCAAGGAAUAGGCUAG